CGCACGCACACGAUCUCGCAGGGCGCGCUCUCGAGUAGCACACACUGGCGCGAGAUAAAGAUGGCGGCGACGGUGGUGGAAACAGCGUGAUAUGCUGGAGUAGUAGCACUAAACCGGGGUAAAACCACUGUAUGACAGACCAUAGCGAAAUGGAAACCAUGUCACAGUAGGCGUUUACUGGUAACAUCAAUACCGAGUACUACAAACUCACCCCCCCCCCAGACAACAUUCAUCUUGUGUUUGUGGAGAAAUCUCACAGGGAGCAUGGCUUCGCAGAGCAGCCAGUACAUCUUUGGGGAGUUCAGUCCAGAUGAGUUCAAUCAGUUCUUUGUGUCUCCCCGCUCUUACGUUGAGCUUCCCCCCUUCAAUGAUAAAGUCUCCUGCGUCAGCCACUCCUCAGGAGGUUACUGCACUCCUGCUGUGCCUUACAUAACGGAAUCAUUGAGACGGCAGGUUUGCGGAGAGGACUACCAGCAUAUCGAGUUUGGCGUGGAUGAGGUAAUGAAUGCAGAGUCUGUGGCAGUGAAAGACUCGCUGUACAAAGUCUCCAGCACUCUUAAUCCUCAGGCCCCUGAGUUCAUCUUAGGCUGCCAACCAUCUCAGAAGGCCCUUCCCACAGCCGCACCAGUCGCUGAUAUCCCAGAUGAUGCUGACUUUAACUCCCUAUGCUGCAGCAACUCUGAGACUGAGACUUCAGUCCUGGGAGGCCAUCAGGCCUGCUCAGACAUGGAUGGGGUUUCGGGAGGCUUAGGACAACGAAAGAAAAAGAAAAAACGACCGCCAGGAUACUACAAUUAUCUGGAGGGUUCCAACAGCAACAGCACUGGAGUGGCCACAGAUGGAGUUGGGGUCUCAGGCCUGGUUAACGGACAUACUUCAAAUGCUCCACUCAUGGGUUCAGAGGACAUGGUAGGGGACGUGUUAUCUGGGGCUGAGCUCAUCCCCCCAAAUUCAGUAACAUCCAGCAUAUCCACACCCCAAACCGCCCCUCUUUCCCAUCAGAGGACUUGUGUAAGCCCUGACAAUUCGACAUUGGACUUGACUAGCGGAGCUGCCUCUUUUUCAGACAGAAACGGAGCAGCUUCUUCAUCUACUUCUUCUUCGUCCUCUCAGAGCAGCGGGGUGGCACAGAGUGCCAGGACUGCAGAGCAAAAUGCAGAACCCCCAGCUCUAGAGAGUCCAGUACUCCUGGGUAACGGAGGGCACAGCUCCUCUCCUCCAUCUCCUCUUCCCCCUGAUGCUGCUGUGGCCACCCUCACAACCACAACUCCUGCUACUACUGAUGAGAGGGAGGCCGAGGGCUCGGGGGAGGCUAACGGGCUGCCAGAGACUGCCUCAGCUGCCAAAACCACAGACGGACUGCAAGACCCGUCUGAAACGGGUGAGGUGCAGUCAGCUUCCUCUGUAAUCCCUCUUUCCUUAGACUCUGAAGUUCAGCCGCCAGUCUCGCCCAGUCCCACUGCAGCACCUGUGGCAAACCCCCCGAAAUCCUGGGCCAGCCUCUUCCACAACUCCAAGCCUCUGCCUGGAGGUCCUCAGGCUUACGUUGAGGUGAAGAGCGUGCCUGCUGUGGUCGCGUUCCCUCCAGCUGACUCCGAGUUGCCUGAAAAGGCCAAUGAGGUUCGCGAGGGCCCCGUCCCCGUGUCUGAAGACCCUAUGGCCCCGAAAUUGGCAGAAUUAAUCGAGAAUGUGAAGUUGAUCCACAAACCGGUGUCUUUGCAACCAAGAGGACUGAUAAACAAAGGAAACUGGUGCUAUAUCAAUGCUACCCUGCAGGCCCUGAUUGCAUGUCCCCCCAUGUAUCAUCUGAUGAAGUCUAUUCCCCUUUUCACUGAGACUCAGAGAACCUGCACAUCCACACCCAUGAUGGAUAACUUUGUUCGGCUUGUAAAUGAGUUCAGCAAUAUGCCUGUCCCUUCCAAAGCUAAACAGCAAGCUGCUGGAGAGAAGAUAGUGAAAGAUCUUAGAGUGGGUGCUCCUUUUGAACCCACAUACAUCUAUAAACUCCUCACCCUCAUCAAAUCAAGCCUUUCUGAGAAGGGUCGCCAAGAGGAUGCGGAGGAGUACCUUGGUUUCAUUUUAAAUGGACUGCAUGAGGAAAUGCUGGCACUGAAAAAGCUUAUCUCUCCACAGGAAGAGAAAGCCCCCACACCAAAUGGUCCUGAAUCUCAGCCUGGAGUAGAGGAAGGCCCUGCUGAGGAGGAGGAAGAAGGCAGUGAUGAUGAAUGGGAACAGGUCGGGCCAAGAAACAAAACCUCAAUCACCCGGCAGGCAGAUUUCAUCCGCACUCCAAUCACAGAUGUAUUCGGUGGCCACAUCAGAUCUGUGGUAUACCAGCAGAGCUCAAAAGAGUCAGCCACCUUGCAGCCCUUCUUCACGCUGCAGCUGGACAUCCAAUCAGAGAAGAUCCGCACAGUCCAAGAGGCCCUGGAGGUACUGGUGGCGCGGGAGUCCGUUCAGGGCUACACCACUAAGAGCAAGCAGGAGAUUGAGAUCAGCCGGCGAGUGACUCUUGAAGAGCUUCCUCCAGUGCUGGUGCUUCACCUCAAGAGAUUUGUUUUUGAGAAGACCGGUGGAUGUCAAAAACUGGUCAAGAAUAUUGAUUACCCUGUCGAUCUGGAGAUCAGUAAAGAUCUCUUGUCACCGGGGGUGCGGGGCAAAACUCUGAAAGGCCAAAGAACCUACAGGCUCUUUGCAGUCGUCUAUCACCAUGGGAACAGUGCCACGGGUGGCCACUACACUACAGAUGUCUUCCACAUCGGUCUGAACGGCUGGCUGCGCAUUGAUGACCAGGCGGUGAAGAUCAUCAAUCAGCAUCAGGUGGUGAAGCAGACUGCAGAGCGCACUGCCUACCUGCUGUACUACCGUCGUGUGGACCUGCUGUAGAAACCAUACUCGUACACACAAACACUCUCUCUCUCCUUUCUCUCACACACACACAUAUACACAUUGAAACACACGUUUACAUGCAGACACUUACACAAUCUCAAACACACACACAACCACGUGUCUCAACAGGAACACUGCCCAAUUUCACGAUUAUCCUUUUUCCCUCAACCCUGCUAUUCCAGAGAGUCAGCUUUUCCAGUCUUUUUUUUUUUUUUUUUGAAGAGGAAAAGACAUCAGACGUAUCUAAAAGACUUUCCUGUAAUAGUGUUUUCCCCCUCCGUGCACGGCCUCGCGCAGGUCUGGAGAAGCUGAGGGGAGAUAUGUUAGCACUGCAGAACGCUCCAGUUUGGAGACACAGAACUGAAUCACUUCAAAUGGCUGCAGCCUCACAUUUGACUGGCCAGAGUGGAUCCCAGCUGAAAGAACUCAAACCAGUUGAGGCUGAUGGACUGCUGGAGAAAAUCUUUUCUUUUCUUUUUCUUUCAAUCUACUUUUUUAAAUGGCAUAGGAGAAAAUAUGAAGUGUUUUGCCUUUUAGCAAGAGGAGAUGUCAGUCUAAUUUGCAGCAGUUAAGUGGAGCCUGUUAAAUUCUUGACUAGAGCAUCAAAGUGGCCCAACACCAGCAAGCUUCCAGAAUUUGUGUAGAUCUCAAAGUAGGAGUUUGUCGCAACUCCACCAAUACCACCACCACAACCUCUUCUCUCCCCCAUUUCUCUGAUGCUUCAGAUCUAGAUUGCACUUGAGUUUUGGGAACAACAAAGAUAAUGGGUGGGAGAAAGGGUGCUGCAGUGUGCUGAAAUGGUAAAAAGUAAAACGAAAAAAAAAAAAAACUAAAAUUGGCUUCCUGGUUUGAGACCUUCAGUGUGAUUUUUGGGUGUAGGAUUAGAAUUACUGUCUUACAAUUUUAAUGCGCUUUAGGGCAUAAAUGAUUACAAAAGCUUUGUGCACGGUAAAAUAUAAAACCGGACAAUUAAAAAAGGCAGAUGUGCAUUUUGUUCAUUUCUUGCCGAUAUUUAAGUUUUAAAAGUAUUAAAUGCAAAAAAUUUGAAACUUGGCGGCGGUAACCUUGAUCAGCUCCUUGGGGGGUGUGUUGUGAUUUUUUUUUUUUUUUUUUUUUUUCUUUUGUUUUCUUCUUCUUAGACUUUGUGUAGUUUCACUCAUUUAUGCUGGCGAGAUACCAGAGAUGUCUGAUACUCCAUCAUGAACAUUGACUCACUUUGUUUGAGUGAGAUGUAAAAAAAAAAAAAUUGUGCCCUUUCACCAUCUUUCAUUAGUUCUGUUCGUUCUUUUCCUGUAUUGUACGAGUAAAGUGUAUCCGCUGUCCACUGGCUGCCUUUUGAUAUCAGUAGAGCAGCAAGAACUGAGCCACUCCUGCCGAGUUUGGAGAGGGAGCUGUGUUGAGAUGCAUCUCAUUCUGUAUGUUAGCCCGCUCCGAGCAGUCAGCUUGUAAUAUACAUGUUGAGGCUCCGUGUGCAGCUCUGAGGAUAAUAGCUCAGAAUGGGUAGCUAAAAAUGUCUCUACAGUUAAAUUGCUGUGUCGCACAAGGUGAGAUCAGCUUUGCCUGAUGAAGUCUAAAGUGUGACCAGAGAUGCGCACAAACAGCAAAUCAUGUUUGCGUCUCUUUUAGAGACCUUGCAUCAUCAAUAUAAUACCUGAUUGUAUUUUAUUUUAUUUGUUUUCUUCAUUCCCCGUUCAAAUAUUUUCUGUUCCAUUUAAAUUUAUAUUUUGAAAGGAAAUGAGCCCAGGGUUAAAGCACAACAAUGAAUAAAGUUAUACAUGAACCAUGCUUGACCCCUAUUUAUUUCAAUUUGAUUUUUUUUUUUUUUUUUUUGUAUUUAAUUAACCCAGUAACUUUGCUUUACUUUCCCAGGCCCAGAAAGGAUAGACAGGUUUUGCACUGAGCUGAUAUUAUGUUGAUAGCUGAAAUCAUCAAGUGAGCUAAGUUAUUAAAUAAAAGUGAUUUGAGUGAUGGGUUUUUGAAAACGCUGCACACAUUCUUGUUCAACACCCUAUUACUGAGUAUUUCUCUAAUAACAAAUAACUUUUUGGGAAUGUUUCAGGCUUUACACUGGAUGUAUCCAAUCUUUACACAAGCGAUACGUGCAUUUUAGCCCCACACAAAUGCGCAAAGUUUUUGUUGUUGACGAUUUGUAGAAAGUCAACACGUCUCUUCCAGGAACCGAUCCUUUGAGCUGAGCGUUCACACAGUCCUGCCUCUGACCACAGGUUAGGCUGGUGUGAACUCAUCUUUCCACUCUAGAAAUGCAGAGCAUGGAUUUCACAUCCAUCUGAAUGAGCUUAUUUUAUCCCAGCAGCACAGGCACAGCCAGAACCUUCCCUCCAAUCCAUGUAAUCCCAGUUUUUGUAAUUUCAUUUACAGUCAGUUGAUAUGUCAGAUUUUGUGUACAUAAAGGGUCAUUUUUCCUUUCAAUUGCUUGUUUAAAGUUGCCAAGUCAUGCUUUACCAUGCACCCUUUUGAACUUUUUGAAUUUGGUUUAUUUGAAUCUACAGAAGGACACAAUGACGCAUCCCCAUGUGAAACCAAAGGAUACAGAACUUCUAUAUAAACAGACACUGAUGCCUCUUAUGAUUGCAAGAAGAUAAAAUGUACAAAUUAAGUACGCCACCCCCAACCUCCCAAACUUUGAUGUCUUUAUAUGUCCCAUUCAAGAACUUAAACUGAUUUCAAUUGAGAUGCUUUCUCGUCACUGGAAGCUGCUUUUGGAGAAAUCACCACUGUUUCUUACUGUUGGUUUUAAUGUGUUAACUCCCAUUUGGUAGCAUCUGAUGUGCUCAUGUUGGUUUCUUUUGUCUGUUUCAAGGUGGAGAUCUAUUAGUUUGACUCUUCGAGGUGGUUUCUUUCUCUUCCUUCAGUAUGUCAGUCAGGGAAAGUCCUGGUGUAUAGUUCAGAUGCUGUCUGUCUUUGGUUUGUUCUUCCUAACUCUUGUGUCUGCUGAGAUCUUGAUGCGUUUGGAAAAUGAGCUACAUACAAAUAUAUGCUGUGUCUCAUCCUUGGCCUUCAGCCUUCUACUUUUGUCAACUGUUCAAAUAAAACACAAAUUGUGGCAAAGCUUUA